GACGAGCCGCUCACUAUGAGUCACGCGCUCCCCGCAGCAGUGGUGCCGUUUAAAUGGUGCCGCUCCGCCGGUGCGUGGCCGAGCGGGGCGGCGGCGCUCGGGCCACGCACGGCGCACCGGCCGCCGGCCACAGGAGCGCCGGCGGCCGCGCGCGCAACAACGCCGCCGACACGGUUCGACAUAGCGCUGACAGAGGGCCCGCCGCCGGCGACGCGGCCGGACGGCACCCGUCCGCCGCCGACGGCUAUAAAUACGGCGCCGGAGGCGGCCGCGACGGGCGCCAUCAGCUGUUCGGAGGGUCGGCUGGCCGCCGGUGGCCGCUGGCAGCCGGCCGAAGACGGUGCUGCCGCCGGCGCCAACAUGUGCGGCCCGGAGCUGCGGGAGAGGCUGGGUAUGGACCGGCUGCGGAGGAGGCUGCAGCUGCCGGCGCUGCGCGCCUCCCGCGUGCGGCCGCUGCUCGCGCGGCCGGCCGGCGUGUGCGCCUCCAACAUCGAGCAGCGACUAAGCAGAGCUCGGGAGGCGCUGCUGGCCAAAAUAGACCGCGUGCGACCCAACAAGCGGCGACCUCGCUCGGCGUCGCUGCCGGCGGGCCGGCGGUCGCCCGGCGACCGGCCGGCGCCUCUGCCGGCGGCGCUGAGCGUCUCCACCGUGGAUCUGAGUCAGCCGGAGCCGGCGCCGGCCGUCCUCCAGCCGGGCUACUCCACCACGUCAGUGGAGACGUCGGCCACGUUCCGGUUCCGGCGGCCCGAGAGCUACGAGAACAUCCUGCUGUCGGAGAGGCGCCGCUGCCGAUCAGAGGUGUCGCUCGACUCGGGGGACGAGGUGCUGGCCAGACUGCGCGCCAUGGAGCGGGCGCGCGCCAUCGGCCGGCCGCAGCCCGAGCUCAGCCUGCCGGCCGCCCGGCCCGUGGAGGUGGUGCGCCCCAUGCGCGGCCGCAAGGCGCCGCCGCCGCGCCCGCCGCCGCCGCGCACCUCGCCGUCGCGCGCCUCGUCGGUGUCGUCGCUGCACCCGCCGCUGCCGACGCUGCAGGAGGAGAAGCAGCCCUCGCCGGCCAGCAGUCCCCACAGGGUGCCGCCGGCCAAAGGAGUCCGACGCAGCGUCCCCGGCCGGGAGCCGGUGCACCCAACAACACCGCCGCCGCCGCCACCACAGGCGUCCGCCGCGCUCAAACCGCUGCCAAAGUCAAUGGCCGCACUGCCAGUGCCCGCCGCGAACAGCUAUGACUAUUCGGCGGGUCGGGUGGCGGGCGGGGGCGGCCGGCCUGGGGCGCCGCUAAAGCCGCCCCGCUCGCGCUCCCCACAGGUCAUCGCCGGCUCUCCGGCGCCCUCGACAGGGCCGCCCUCGCUGCGCGCUCUCAGUGAUGUCUCGGACGCGUCGACGCCGAGCGCGUUUCGCCGCGAGACGGGCGACAUCAGUGACGACUUCUCGUCGCCGAAGAGCUCCGGUUACGACUCUGCGGGCAGUCCGGAGGCGCCGCGCGCUCUCGGUGCCUCCGUGUUCUACACGCUACCGCCGAAGCCGCGGGCGGCCUCCGAGCGGCUCUUGUCGCCGACCGAGUCGUGGACGAGCGGCACGAGCACGGUACGCGCCGCCUCGGUGGACGGAGGGCCCACGCCGCCGCCGCGCACGCUGCGCCGCCGAAAGCGGCCGCGUCUCACACCGCCCACCAACCGAACCAGCGUGUUCAGGGAGGCGUUUCAGUCGAGCAUCCGCAACCCAGAGGUGGCCAGCUACUCGUCCACGCUGGGCCGGGAGUCUGCGCUCGAUCAGAUCGGCGACGGCCAGCCGUGGAUCGAGCCGCUCGACGGCGCCGGCUCGGCGGCCAACGAACUGCUCGAGAUCGGCCAUGCCGUCUCCGUGGGCUCCUAUUACAAACAGGGGGUGCAGGAUGUGGACAACGGCUUCUUCGAGAACUUUGCGCAGCUGCCGCGCCGGCAGCAGCUGCUGCAGCAGACGUCACGCGACCAGGCGGAGGAGUCGCUGCGCGACCUGGUCGUACCGCUGUCACUCACAGACGGAUCGGUCCGACUGCCGCGCGACCAGGGCAUCACGCCCCAGCAGGCGGAGGAGCUGUACGUGGACGCGUUGUACGCCGCCCGGAACCCGCUCGGCUGUGACGCGCCGUCCGCUGAGCUGGUCUCGGAGAUCGAGCAGCUGCUGCGGGAGCUGUUCAGCCCUAGCGAAGAGCAGCAUGCCGCCUGUCUCACAAAGCUGGAACACCUGGGUACUCCCGAUAUAUGCCUCAGCUGCACUGUACUGGGCGCAAAGGGACUCAGGGCCAAGGAUGUCAAUGGACUCAGUGACCCUUACUGCAUGCUCUUCAUCAACAACGAGGAGCGGAGGGAGACUCAUGUGUGCCAGCGCACGCUGAACCCCACCUGGAACGAGACGUUCAAACUAGCUCUGGAGAACCCGAGCACUGACAUCCUGAAGGUGGAGGUAUGGGACUACGACAUGGAGGAGAACUUGGCGCAGCGCAUCGGCAAGGUCAGCGACAUCAAGGACCUCAAGGGCAUCACACGCUACAUGAAGGAGGUGGCCAAGGGCAAGAGCCACGACACUCUGGGCCACGUGCAGAUUCCGCUGAAGGACAUCCCGGCGCUGGGCGUGGAACAGGCGUACAAGCUGCAGCGGCGCGCGCGCGACCAGGGCGGCAAGGAGCGUCCCGGCCGGGCCGAGAAGGAGCGCGGCGUGGUGCAGCUGGCACUGCGCUUCCACAACGUGCGGGGGGCCGCGCAGCGCCACCAGCACGUGGCGCGCCACGUGCGGCUGCAGCUGGCCGUGGUGGGCGCGGCGCGGCGCCAGUUCGACGGCGAGCCGUUCACGUGGCGCGCCGAGAGCCUGCCGGCGGCCGGCCGCGCCCUGCUCGCCCAGCACGCCGCCUGGGGCAACCUGAGCCGCGCCGAGCGGCUGGUGGCCGCCUGGGCCGCCUACGCCGAGGUGCACUGCGCCGCGCCGCUCGACUACAAGUUCCUCUUCACUCAGCUGCAGAACGUCAAACAGUGCCUCCAGGAGGGCGACGUCACGGCGGCAGACGUGACCCGUUUUGUGGAGACGCUGCAGCGGUUUACCGACCACUGCUACGAGACGAUCCAGAUGCACCGUCACAUGUUCAACCCGCAGAGCGCGGCCACGUUCCACAGCAUCGAGUACCUGCUCAGGUGUCUGGUGCUGCUCUCCGAGUUCCCCGAGCUGGUCAGGCGAGCAUCGCAGAAGCUGGACGAUCCGGUGCCGCCCGUGCCGAACGAGGAGAAGGUGCUGAACCCCAAGCGACACAUUCUGACGGCUCUGCGGCACGGGAAUGAGGACUGGUACCGACACGUGUACGCCUCCACCAAACGGGAGAGUGAGGAGCAGCCCGGCCAGGACGCCCGCUGUCAGAGCCUCAUCCUGCUCAUCAACAUGCUGUACGCCGACGUGAAGCGCGGCCUGGAGAGCUACAACCAGAUUUUCAGCCGCAUCCUGGGCGUCAACUACUUCUCCGUGGCGUACCUGCAGUUCGCAGAGAAGCUGAAGCAGGAGAUCGGUCCGAUUGUGGACGAGAUCUCGCGCUCGCUACCGACGGUCGAGUACAAAGAGGGCGCCACGGAAAACCUGUCGUCGCCCGAGGGCCUCGACAUGGGCACCUCGCUGUUCGAGCUCUACCUGGCCGUCCAGCUCUUCACCAGUCUGCGGGAGCAGCUGCCCGAGGAGGACACACGCUCGGAGCCGGCGCCGCUGCAGGACGCCUACCUGUGGUUCGCCAGCGCCGUCAACCGCUGGCUCGACAUCGCCUGCUACAAGGCCAUGCACCGCAUCAAGAGGGCCAUCGAGCUGGACCAGGCCACGCAGGUGCACACGUUCGUGAACCACAGUAGCUCGGCAGUGGACACUGUGGCCGUCUUCUACCAGAUCAAGACGUUCUGGAAGCAGCUGAGCUGGCCGGACGCCAUCGGCUCCUACGGAUUCGUCACCAAGGUACUGGACGACAUCACCCGGAGCGCUACGUUCUACGUGGCCCAGAUGCACCGGCACCUCAAGGCCUGUGGCUACUCGUGUCCCACGCGGCCCUUCAACUUCACCCAGGAACUAUGCCUGGCGCUCAACAACGUCGAGUUUGUGCGCGAACAGAUCAACCCGCUGCCCAACGAGCUGGGAUUCGAAACGGUGUUUUCAGCCAUGGAGGAGCAGCUGGGCUCGCAGGGCACGAUCCAGUGUCGGAUGACGCUGCAGAACGUCAUCGACCAGGCCAUCGAGGACAUGGAGCACGGCAUUAGCGACAUGGUCGACGGCUCCGUGGCCCAGAUGAUGCCCCAGGUACACGCCUACCUGAGUCAGCUGUCGCAGCCGCACUGCCACCUGGUGCCAGCCGACAACAUUAUCUCGUACCUGGAUACCAACCUGAUGCUGCUCUACCCGCGGCUGCACCCGGCCAACCUGCGGCGCGUGCUAGAGUCCAUCUGGGUGCAGGUGCUGCAGGCCGUAGUGGACACCACCAGCCGCAACAGCAAGAAGGAGACCGAGUACUUUGGGACGAUGUGCAGCCUGGUGAACGCGCUGGUCGAGUUCAUCAACGGCGACGACAAGGGCCUGCCCAUGGACGCCAUCCACACGGACGUCUACAAAAAGUUCGUUCACUGGGUCAACGUCUACAAGUGCGACCCCGAAAAGCUCAUCUCUAUGUACUACGCGCGAAAGUACGACAUCCAGGAACAGGAGGCCGAGUCGCCCCAGGGCAAGCUGGCCACCAAGGCGUUCUUCGUCGACAACGUGCUGAGAGUGGAGGUGCUCAACGCGCGCGGCAUCCGACCCUCCGACCCAGACACGUGCGAUGCUUAUGUCAAGAUCCAGUUGAUGCCGGAAAAUCUCACUCCGACCAUGGAGAAGAUUCAGACGAAGAUUCAAAAGAAAACUGUCUUUCCUCUAUUCGACGAAGUCUUUGAAUUUCACGUGGACCGGGAGCGGCUGGUGGCCAAGGAGGCGCACCUCGUAUUCACCGUCAAGGACCACCACACGCUGGUCGAGUCGGAGCUGCUGGGGGAGGCGGUGCUGCCCCUCUCGCGGCUUCAGAACGUGGCCUUCAGCCAGGCACGCCAGGUGGAGCAACAGCUGCUCAACCUGACGCCCGUCCGCAUGAGAGCGGAGCAGACGGAGAUAUUCCGCGCUCUGGUGGACAAGUCCUCGUGGAGCCCGGUGGCCGCCGAGUUUGUGCGGAAGCUCACCAAGCGGCUGAAGCGCGACAGCGCGCACCCGGCCGGCGCCACCACCACCAUCUCGCGCCGGCUCUUCAAGUCGUAGCCGCCGCUCCGGCCGCGGCCCCACUCUCCUCUCUGUGAUAUUACAGCGCGUCUAAUAAUGCUCACCGCUCGGCGAUGGUCCGCCGACGGCUCGGCGCCGCGCGGCGAUUGUGGCGCUCAUUGCCGCCAGUGAGACGCUUGUGGCGCGUCUUUAGAUGAAGCCAAAGACUGCAUACGUAUCGCAGGGUGCCGAGCUUGCAAAUUGUACGUGUGUCGUGACUGUCUGUUGACUGGUAAAUCGUGUUUGACGAUUAUGUUGCAUCGCUGAUUCUUUUCUGAAAUGUGCGUGUUGAAUGAACGAAUAAUGUUUACAGUGAGAUUCUAUUCGAUGUUACUUUUUUCUGAAUUAAGUAUUGCUUUAUUUGAUGGUCACAUUUUAUACUGCUAUGAAUGAAUAUGCUAAAUAACAUACAGAAGAAACA